AUGGGGACCUCCUCGGGAGCCAACUUCCACCAGCAGCAGCCUCCAUUAAUGGUGCCCCCUCUCCAGCAACAUCCUCCUCCGGGUAGCCUGCAAGCUGCUUUUACUCUCAUUCCCACAGAUUCCGCCGGGCGCUCCUCCAAGGGCCAUGAGUAUGCCUGCAAGUCCGACCAUGGAAAUGAUUCACCCUCCGAGAGCGAGAGCUCGCGCGAGACCUGGCCGAUCGAGACCAAUCGGUCUGCCGGCGCUCUUGUGGUGAAGAAAUCAGAGAAGGAGAAGGAAGAGGAGAGCGAAUCCCCCGAGCAGAAGGUCGUCCGCAGGAUCUCCACCAUGGAUAAGCUCUCUCUGAGAGAUGUGGUCAGAGAAAGAGUGGAGACGAUCGCGGAGAGGAUGAUGAUCAUGCCGGACGAGCUUCUGGAGGAGCUUAAAAUCGAGCUCCGGGAGAUUCUCGAGGGCACCGGGGGCUCUCAGCGGAGAGAGGAGUUCCUGAAUCUGCAGAAGAUCGUCCAUGGAAGGUCAGAUCUCACGGACAAGGCCCUCUCCAAGUCUCACCGCGUGCAGCUGGAGAUUCUCGUCGCCAUUAAAACAGGAAUCCAGGCCUUCCUCCAUCCGAACAUCAGCCUCUCGCAGGGCCGCCUCAUCGAAGUUUUCUCCCACAAGAGGUGCAGAAACAUAGCCUGCCAGGGCGCCAUCCCUGCCGAUGACUGCAGCUGCGAGAUCUGCUCCACCAGGAAGGAUUUCUGCAACCUCUGCAUGUGUGUGGUCUGCAACAAGUUCGAUUUCGAGGUGAAUACAUGCCGGUGGAUCGGAUGCGACCUCUGCCUGCACUGGACCCACACGGAUUGUGCCAUCCGCAUCGGCCUGAUCGGAAUGGGCCCAUCUGCAAAGAGCGUUCUUAGCUCGACGGAGAUGAUCUUCAGGUGCCAGGCCUGCAACCGAUCGUCGGAGCUUCUUGGGUGGGUCAAGGAUGUCUUCCAGCAUUGCUCUCCAGGGUGGAACCGAGAGGCCUUGGUGAGGGAGCUGGACCUGGUCAGGAGGAUCUUCGCCAGCAGUGAGGACCCUAAAGGUAGGAAGCUGCUGUGGAAGUGCGGGGAUCUCAUCGACAAUCUGAAGAACGGCAUGGCAGAGUCCACUGCUUGCAGGAUGAUGCUUCUGUUCUUCCAAGGUAUCACCAUUUCCAGGCCUCAAUUGUUCUACUGGCUUCUAUAUCUCGAUCUUCCGACUGCUAUGAUUCUCAAUUCCUUCGGUGGCUAGUACACUUGCUAUUAUUCUCACCCACAAUUCUUGGUUGGUCUUUUUCAUAUAUGCCAUCUCAUUCUAUUACUAUAUAUAUAUAUAUACACCAGAAGAUUCUGGCUUUUUUUGGUCUGUUGACUUGAUACACCCUCUUCCUCUCCUUCCUGGUCGGACCGCAGACCUGGAGAUUGACUCGGCGAAGAGCUCUGAGGCGGAGGAGGCGGGGCGGCUGAUCACCCCCCAGGAGGCCUGCAACCGCAUAGCAGAAGUGGUCCACGAGGCAGUGAAGAAGAUGGAGAUGGUGGCAGAGGAGAAGAUGCGCAUGCUGAAGCGGUCUCGUCAGGCCCUCGAGGCCUGCGACCGAGAGCUCGAGGAGAAGGGCCGCGAGGUUGCAGAACUCAAGAUGGAGCGGCAGCGAAAGAAGCAGCAAGUGGAGGAGCUUGAAAGCAUCGUCCGCCUGAAGCAGGCCGAGGCGGAGAUGUUCCAAUUCAAGGCGGCGGAGGCCCGCCGAGAGGCGGACCGCCUCCAGAGCAUCGCCCUCGCCAAGUCCCAGAAGGCCGAGCAGGAAUACGCCAGCCGAUACCUCAAGGCCCGCCUCGAGGAAGCUGAGAUGGAGAAGCAGUACCUCUUUGAGAAGAUCAAGCUCCAGGAGACCCAGCAGCAGCGGGGCCCCCAGCCCACCGCCAGUGCCAGCGCCACCGCCGCCGCCAGUGGUGGCAGUGGCAGCCGUAGCGCCGAUCCCUCUCAGAUGCUGAUGAUGUGCAAGAUCCAAGAUUUGCUCAAGAAUGUCUACAACGUUCCCCCAAAGUCUGAAGCCCCACAUUCUGGUGAUCACACCCCCAGCUAA